GUUCAGGUGCUCAAUCCCAGCAGUGACAGUGAUCUCCGAGCAUCUCAUCUACAUCCUUAUCCUUGCUAUCAGAUACAUCUGGUGGGUUGCAAUCAAGAUUAUAGGCCCUGAGAUUACGGGUUUUGGAGCAGGGCAAUGAGAUUGGCGUUGUUGGUGAAAAUAAGGUAGGUUUUGUAGAUGGAACCUGCUUGAAAAGUUCAUACAAAGGCGAAUUGACAAUGCAAUGGGAGGGAGGCAAUGUUGUAGUGCUCUCAUGGAUCAGCGGCACCGUGACAUCACGAGUUUGUUGACUACGAUCAUCUAUGCAUCUAAUGCGAAGCAAGGACACGAGCUGGUGUUUACAGACAAAAAUUGCAGGCCACAGGCGGAUAUUCACACCAAACAUGUCUAUCUCAUAUUUAAAUUCCUAAGGAGAGGCUCCAAGUUCACAUAAAUGCAGCUACAAGUACAGACAGACACCAACUUAGACAAUUAGUGUUCAGCACUUCUGCAUCAAAGAAAAUAAAGCCACCAUCUCCUUCCAAGCUCUUACAUAAACAUACAAGGCAACCAUCUCCUAUAUACUUAUUUUCUGUACCUCCUAGGCGUUAUGUUGAUAAUAACAUACUUACCUUUCUCAAAUAAGGCAACCGCCUCCUAUAUUUUAGGACUAAAAUGGAGCUAAAUGAAUAGCUACAGCCACAUGCAGUACUCAUACCACUAUCUCUUCAAGGCCAUAUAACUCCAUUCAUACACAUUUCCAUGAAGCUUGCCUCAAAAGGGUUUACCAUCACCUUUGUCAUCACAGAAUCAAUUCACCAGCAGAUAGCUACAGCUCAGUCACUUAAAGAUGACAAUAACCCUUUCUCCCAGGGACAGAAAUGCGGUCUUGACAUUCGUUAUGCCAAAAUUAGUGAUGGUUUUCCACUGAGUUUCAAUAGGGGGGCCAAUGCAAGCCAGUUCGUGGAAGGUCUCAUUCAUGUUUUCCAAGCUCAUGUGGAUGACUUCAUUGAAAAUCUAGUCCUCUCAAAACCAAACCCACCAAUAUCUUGUAGAAUAGCUGACAGUUUCCAUGUAUGGGCAUCAACAAUUGCCAAGAAAUAUAAUCUUGUCAAUACUACAUUUUGGACUGAACCAGCAACAGUGCUUACAGUCUACUAUCACAUGGACCUGCUCAAGCGUAAUGGCCACUUUGGGCGUCAUGAUAAGCGCGAAGACACCAUUAGAUACAUACCUGAAAUCCAAGCCAUUGAACGAGCAGAUUUACCUUCAUAUUGUCAAGAUGCUGAUCCAAGCAGCGUGAUGCCCCAUUUUGUGUUCAAGUGUCUUGAAGAUGCACAGAAAGCAGACCUUGUCAUCGGUAAUACAGUGCAAGAGCGAGAGUCUUCAUACAUCUCGGCCUUACAAGAGAAGCAGACCUUUUAUGCGAUUGGGCCAGUCUUCCCCACAGGCUUCACAAAGAGAACAAUCUCAACAAGCCUUCUACCGGCAUCAUCCGAUUACACUGACUAGCUCAAUAGAAAACAAGGUGGUACUGUGUUAUACAUCUCAUUUGGUAGUCUUGUUAAUUUGAGUAAACAGGAUAUUCUAGAAAUAGCACAAGGCAUUCUGACAAGUAAGGUGAGUUUCAUUUGGGUGCUACGUCACGAUAUCUUAGGUUCUGGAGAAAGAAACAUUUUGCCUCUUGGAUUUGAGGAAGAAACUACAGGUAGAGGAUUGAUUGUGCCAUGGUGCUCUCAACUGGCUGUACUAUCACAUCCGGAAGUUGGAGGAUUUUCAACUCUUUGUGGGUGGAAUUCAAUCUUGGAGGGAAUAUGGUGUAAAGUUCCAAUGGUGUGCUUUCCUAUUAUGAUGGAUCAAUUCACUAACAGGAAAUUAGUGGUUGAUGGUUGGCGGAUUGGUGUUGUUAGCAUGAUAUCAAUAUUGUAUAUUAAUGUAAUCAUAUACUGUUGUAUAUCAGUGUAAUUACAUAAAUUUGAUUUAGUAGUUAAAGAGAAUAAUAGUGACUUUAGUAAGAACAGAUUUGGUGGGAUAGAAUAACAGAUUUAGAGGGAUAGAAAAGCUGAUUUUUAGGGAUAGGAAGACGGAUCUUUGGGGAUGUAAUCAUUGAAUAUUUUCUAUUUAAUGACAAGAC